GGUCAACGCCUGGUGUCCCUCCAUCAGCAGCACCGGCCUCAGAAGUCAUUCCUGUAAUUGACCGGAGUAUGCAGAGAUUGACUGUCUGCUCCGGCUUCUCUCCCCGAUUCAGGGUCCCCCAGGCGCCCCUGUCUAGCAGGCUUGUUUUGGUUGCUAGGAUAGAACCCAAGACCUCUAGGUACAUGCUCUGCCACUGAGCUGACUUCCCAGUCCUGCUUUCUACAGCAGCUAAGCUCUAAGUGCUGCUUCGUUCAAGGGCCACUUGUGUUUUGAAAUGGAUCAGGGAGGCCUGGCAUGGUGGCACACGCCAGGAAUCCCAGCCUGGGGAGGCUGACGCAGGAGGAUCGAAGUGAGUUUGAGGGCAACCUGGACUACAUCCUGAGACUCUCGAAACACAAAAGCAGGCUGGGGAUUUAGCUCAGCGGCAUAAGCGCCUACCUUGCAAGUCCUUGGUCCUGAGUUUGAUCCCUGGUACUAAUUAAAAAAAAAAAAAGUUUAAAAAAACCAGAAAAACAAAAAACAAAAAAACAAAAAAACCCACAAAAACAAACAGAAAAACAGAAACAAAAAACACAAAAACAAACAGAAAGGCAUGGGGAGAAAGGAUGAUAACUGUCUCCCCAUAAUCACUGAUAAGAAAGAGGGAGGGAGGGCAGGCCUCUGCUUAGUAUCUACUAAGUCACGCGCAGAGACAAUGCUUUCUUGUGAGACAAACCCAGAGCCCUAGGAAAACUGGAGGAGUCCAGACCAGAUACUGGGCCCUGUGCCUGAGUUAUCACAGUGAGCCCCAUCCACAAAGCCCCAUAUAAAGAGAGGAUUAUUUUCUCACUUGACAGCCAAGGACACUAACGCACCAAGAUGAGCUGACUUGCCUGAGGUCCCUUAGCUGGACGCUUGAGGCCCCACGACUCAUCUCUAGCCCUGCUGAGGUGCCACUCAGCAGGUGGGAUCUCCUGUCUCUGAGGAGCCUCCUUCCCCAGAGUCUGAGCCACCGACUGGACUGCACCUGACCAUGGACAGUGGAGGGCCACCAGCCACCUGCUGCCGGCUGCUGCUGCUGCUGCUGCUGCCACCUCGCAUCCACCAGGGAUGGGUCUUGGGACACAUUCUGUCCGUCCAGAACCUUCCUGCCAGGCACCUCCGCAGUGGCCCAGGACAAGAACCUGUUGCCGUCAUGACCUUUGACUUCACCAAGAUCACCAAACCGUCCUCCUCCUUUGAGUUUCGCACCUGGGAUCCAGAGGGAGUGAUCUUUUAUGGGGACACCAAGGCUGAGGAAGACUGGUUCAUGCUGGGACUGCGGGACGGCAGGCUGGAGACCCAGCUGCACAAUCGCUGGGCCCAACUUACUGUGGGUGCUGGGCCUCGGGUGGACGAUGGGAGAUGGCACCAGGUGGAGGUGAAGAUCGCUGGGGACUCAGUGCUGCUGUGGGUGGACAGGGACGAGAUGCUGAGCCUGAGACAGGUGUAUGGGCCCCCGGCUGGCGAGCCGCAGCCCCUCCUGAGGAUCGUGCUGGGGGGGCUGCCCUUUCCACCCUCCAAACUGCUACUGCCGCUGGUCCCUGCACUGGAUGGCUGUCUGCGCCAGGAGAGCUGGCUGGGUCAGCAGACUCAGCCCUCAGCCUCUGCCUCUACCGGCCUCAGAAGCUGCAAUGCAGAAUUGCAGCCUGGACUGUAUUUCCCUCCCGGGACAGGGGCUGAAUUCGGGCUCCGAGACAUUCCCCAGCCUCACACAGAGCCCUGGGCCUUCUCCCUGGACCUGGGACUCAAGCUGGCAGCUGGAUCAGGCCACCUGCUUGCCCUUGGCGCACGGGAGAACUCUUCCUGGAUUAGCCUUCACCUCCAAGAUCAAAAGGUAGUGCUGACUUCUGGGGCCGGGCUGAGCCUGGACCUGCCCGUGGCCUUAGGACUCCCUCUGCAGCUGAAGCUGGCUGCAUCCACAGUGAUCCUCAAGCAGGGGCCAAAGACCGAGGUCUUUGCUGUGGCCCCUGAGGACCUUAACCCCCUUCUCCAGCUCUGGGCCCAGCCACGGGGCCGCCUCUUCCUGGGUGCCUUACCAGGUGAGGACUCUUCUGCCUCCUUUUGCCUGGAUGGCCUUUGGGCACAAGGACAGAAGCUGGACGUAGAUCAGGCCCUGAGCAGAAGCCAGGAUAUCUGGGCUCACAGCUGCCCCCCAGAGCUCCAGCAGUGACACUGAUGUCUCCAAUUAAAGCCCCUUUGAAUGUGA